AUGCUAGCUCUGAAUGAGCGCGGCGAUAUUAAUGCUGCGUCAAUUGGUAUCUAUCUUAUUCUAACGAUCAUUCUUUGUUUCAUUUUUCGAAAUAAUGGGAUUUUCCAAUCUAUCGGUCUCCUUUUCGUAUUCUUAUUCACUGUUGUAAAACUGGUUGGCAGCUGUAUGACCGUCUAUGUCCAGACUACAAUGGACAUGAGCCUUUAUACACCAGCUGCAAUCAUCGGCACGGUUGUACUAUCGCCUCUAAUGUUAUCAAUAUGUGCACUACUUAUGCCUAAUAAAAAGACGAUUGAAAGUUUUCGCAGCCCAACUGCUUUGAUUGGUCCCAAGUUCAUCAUAGCCACAAGAAUGGUCAUAUUUUCUGCCCUCGCUGUCGGAGUAACAGGCGGCCUAAAAAUUUUUACGACCAACACCACUCCAGAAGGCAUCCAGCAGGGACAGAUACUACUUCGUACAGCAGCUGGCCUGGGAAUUUCUAGCUGGAUGCUCAUUUACGGUGCCAUCAUCUUAUUUUAUCCAGAAAGACACUGUAUGGGUACAGCUUAUCCUAUUAUUGCUUGCAUGAUAAUGCCAGUUUUCACGGUCCGACUCGCGUAUGGAUGUGCCGUCGCAUCAACAUUCUACACAGAUCUAACACAGGUAUUCAAUCCCUUGGCUGGAAACUGGAUCGUUUACAUGGUCAUGGCAUUUAUCCCAGAGGUCUUUAUAUCUGGAUCCCUGGUUGGGAUUGGGCUGGUUAAUUGCAUUGGCCAAAAAAGAUGA